UAAAAUGUCCAGCAAAAGUUUACCUGAUUGGAUAGACCCCUGAAAGGCUAUAUAUAAAGUAUCAGCUUCGCCUCACCCACGCCGCCGAGCGCCGCCGCCGGGUUCGGAAAGGAACUAUAAAGCCGAGGCCAGUAGGGGCGGCGAUAGAUUUCAUGCACUACCCAUCGACGGAAUCCAUAUCGAGUAAACACAAUUUAUAAACCUGGAAGGAACAAAAUCAGAUCAAAUGCAAGGGAUUCACUGUAGCUGAGCGAAAAGGGCGUGAGAGAAUUUCAACUCUUCGGAACUCGGAACUACUACUAACAUUCUCCUUCCUUCAUUCAGUUCAUAUCCACUGUUGAAAUUUUUACUAUUUUACCCUUCCACGGAAGAUCUUCUCUGUCCAAUUUACCCUUCCGUCUUCCAUUUCUCCGUUUUGUGUUUCUAAUAGAGAGUAAUUGUGGAGUAAUUGGGCGAGGAAGUAUGCGAAGCUGUAAAUCUGCAUUGCUUCUCCGGCGAUUAUUGUCUCGGACCACUCCCAGCUAUGGCUGCAGGCGUCUUGCGUCUCUGUCCGGGACUCCGCUUGUUGAUGAUUCUGAUAAUUUAGUGUUGGUUGAAGGUGGAGGUAAUUCGAGAACCGCAAUUCUGAAUAGGCCACAUUCUCUGAAUGCUAUUAACACCGCCAUGGUAGACAGGCUUCAAUCGUUGUACAGAAGUUGGGAAGAAGACCCUGACGUUGGGUUUGUAGUUUUGAAGGGUAGAGACAAGGCAUUUGCAGCUGGUGGUGAUAUUGUGUCCAUUUAUAAUAUGCUGAAAGAAGGGAAUCUAGAAGCUUGCAAACAUUUCUUCUGGACAAUAUAUAGUUUUAUAUACUUUCUUGGUACUUAUUUGAAGCCACAUGUGGCUCUUUUAAAUGGAAUUACGAUGGGUGGCGGUGCAGGGAUUUCGAUCCCAGGAACAUUCCGGAUUGCAACUGAUAAAACUAUCUUUGCCACACCCGAGACAUUAAUUGGGUUCCAUCCUGAUGCAGGAGCUUCUUUCUACCUUUCCCACCUUCCUGGCUAUUUGGGAGAGUACCUGGCUCUUACAGGGGACAGACUAAAUGGUGCAGAAAUGCUAUCCUGUGGGCUUGCUACGCACUUCACUUCAAUAACGAAACUUCCUUCAGUCCAAGAAAAGCUUAGGAAUUUGGUCACUGAUGAUCCCUCGGUUAUCGAGGCUUCUUUGGGCAACCAUGGAGAUGUUGUCCAGCUUGAUAAGGCAAGCGUGAUUCACAGGAUUGAAACUGUUGACAAAUGUUUUUGCCAUGACACAGUGGAAGAAAUUAUUGAAUCCUUGGAAGAGCAGGCUGCGAAAACAAAUGAUAAAUGGUGCAUCUUGACUUUGAAGAAACUUAAAGAAGCUGCACCAUUGAGCUUGAAGGUUUCUUUAAGAUCUAUUCGAGAAGGCAGGUUUCAGACUCUUGAUCAGUGCCUUAUUCGCGAGUAUAGAAUGUCCUUACAGGGAAUUUCUGGGCAAAUAAGUGGAGACUUCCAAGAGGGGAUUCGAGCAAAGCUGGUGGAUAAAGACUUCACACCAAAGUGGGAUCCUCCUAGUUUAGAGCAUGUGUCUCAAGACAUGGUUGAUCAAUACUGUACACCUCUGUCUUCAUCCAAACCGGACCUCGAACUACCUACAAUGCAGCGAGAAGCAUUCACCUGAGCACUAGCCAAACAGGUGAUCAAUUAUCUGCUCACUUUUGGCCUUUUUAAGUUUAAAGCCAGAUGACAACAGGAUCAGCUAUCAAUGCAUGUUUUUUCGAUUGAGUAUAAGACAUGCUUUGUUGAACAAAAUAGCAGCAAUCAAUGACUGAUCACCAGUCUGAAGAUGAUGAAAAUUAUCAUUAUACUUAUACCUGGAGAACUGUUGUAUACUUUUACAUGCAUAUUGUUGGUGCUUUUGCCGAAUCUCCAUUGAUGGAGAAGUUA